AUGGACACGGACGCCGCCGUGAACGUGACGGCGGCCGCGGCCAAGGCAGCGGCCGAUGCCACGGCGACGGUGAAGCCCGUGGCGGCGGCGUGCUAUGACAACAACCUGGUGAACUCGCAGGGCAUGUUCCUGGGGGACCAGCCGCUGCGCUUCGCCCUCCCGCUCCUCCUCAUCCAGGUCUCCCUCAUCCUCCUGCUCUCCGCCGCCGCCCACCACGUGCUCCGCCGCCUCGGCCAGUCCCGCUUCGUCACCCACAUGCUCGUCGGCAUCCUCCUCGGCCCCUCCGUGCUCGGCCGCAACCACGAGCUCCGCGGCGCCCUCUUCUCCGAGCGCGGCACCUACAUCCUCGAGAGCGUCUCGCUCGUCGCGCUCAUCCUCUUCUUGUUUUCCAUGGGCGUCAAGACGGACAUGAGCCUGCUCCGCCGCCCCAGCGGCCGCGCCGUCGCCGUUGGCCUCGCUGGCUCCGUCGUCCCGCUCGCCAUCACGCUCCCGGUGUUCCACAUGCUACAGCCCACCCUCCCCGCCGACCUUCGCGGCUCGUCGCUCAUCACCGAGAUCGCCGUGCGCCUCUCGCUCUCCUCCUUCCCCGUCAUCGCCGACGCGCUCGCCGAGCUCGACCUCCUCAACUCCGAGCUCGGUCGCAUCGCGCUCACCGCGUCCCUCAUCACCGACGUCACCUCCUGGUUCCUCCGAGCCUGCUUCGCCGCGGCGUUCCUCGUCACGGAGGCCAAGUCGCCCGCAUUCACUACCAACAUCCUCGCCUCCUUCGUCGGCUUCGUCUUCUUCGUCGCCUUCGUGGCACGCCCCGCCGGACGCUACAUCGCCUACAAGCGCACGCCGGCGGGUGACCUCCUAUCGGAGGGUUCCUUCGUCGUCGUGGUGAUCGCGGCACUCCUGUCGGCGCUGGUGACGGAUGUGAUCGGGUUCAAGUACAUGAUCGGGCCGAUGAUGCUGGGGCUCGCGAUCCCCGGUGGCAUGCCGAUCGGCGCCACCAUGACGGAGCGGCUCGACUCCUUCUUCAUCGCGCUCUUCCUCCCCGUGUAUAUGGCGCUCGCCGGCUACCGCACAGACUUCUCAGAGCUGGGCGGCCACGAGGAGAAAUGGUGCGCGCUGGAGCUGUUCGUGGCCCUAUGCGUCGCCGGAAAGAUGGUGGGCUGCAUAGCCGCGGGGCUCUUCUUCGCCAUGCCGAUCGGAGAGGCCACGGCUCUGGCGCUCAUGCUCAACAUCCGGGGCAUCGUGGAGGUGGCCGCCAUCAACAACUGGGGAGACACAAUGAAGGCCACUGCCGAGCAUUACUCGACGCUGACCUUGUCCAUGGUGCUCAUCACGGCAGCGGCCACGCCGCUCAUCAAGAUCCUCUACGACCCGACAGGGAGGUUCGCGAGGGCCAAGCGGCGGACCAUGGAGGGCGCUCGGCCCAACGCGGAGCUCCGUGUGAUGGCCUGCCUCUACACGGAGGACCACGCCGCGCCGCUCAUCGACCUCCUCGAGGCCUCCGGCGCGAACCACGACUUCCCCGUCUCCCUCAUCGUGCUCCACCUCACCGAGCUCGUCGGCCGCGCCGCCUCCGUGCUCAAGCCGCACAAGAAGUCGUCCACGUCCACCGCAUCAUCGCCGUCGGACCGCAUCGUGAACGCGUUCCGCCACUUCGAGCAGCAGGCGGCGCCGGGGGCGGUGACGGUGAGCCCCUACGUCGCCCAGUCUCCCUACAGCUCCAUGCACCAUGACGUGUGCUCGCUAGCGCACAGCCGGAAGGCCAACCUCAUCCUCCUCCCGUUCCACAAGUCCUCGGACGGGGCGCGCAGCACGGCCAACUCCGCCGUCCGCUCCGCCAACCGCGCCGUGCUCCAGUACGCGCCCUGCUCCGUCGCCAUCCUCGUGGACCACGGCCUUGCGUCCGGGUCUGCGUGCGCCACGGCGUCCAACAGGAACCUGCUCCAGAGGGUGGCCCUCUACUUCCUGGGGGGACCCGACGACCGGGAGGCGCUGGCGUACGCGGCGAGGAUGCCGGAGAGCGGGGGGACGUCGGUGACGGUGGUGCGGAUCAAGCUGCGGAACUGGGUUGGGAUGGGCGGGCACGACGAGGUGAGGGACGAGGAGGUGCUCCAGGAAUUCUGGCAAAGGUACAGGGAAGACGAGAGGGUGGUGUACGUGGAGAAGACGGUGGAGGACGGGGAGGGGACAGCGUCGGUGGUGAGGUCCAUGAGCGACAAGUUCGACCUGGUCAUCGUCGGACGGAGAGGGGAGGACAGGGACGUCGAGGGGUCGGCGCUCACAAGCGGCCUCUCGGAGUGGAGCGAGUGCCCGGAGCUGGGCGUGCUCGGUGACAUGCUCGCCACCGCGGAGUUCGCGUCCAAAGUGUCCAUCCUCGUCAUCCAGCAGCAGGCCGGGAUUACCACCGGCGGCGAUGCCGACUAUCAAUGA